AUGCAAGAUUAUAUCGAUGACUCAGAGGACACCCUUUCUCUAUGUGACCUUCUCAUUGAAGAUCAUACUAUCGGCUUAGAAGAAGAAGAUCAACAUUCUAAAGCAAAUUCAUCAUCAUCAUCAUCAUCAUCGUCUUCUUCAUCUGAACAAGAUUUCUUAGGGUUCUUCACUGAAGAAUGGGUUCGCAAUAGUAAUUCAUCUGAGAACAUCAUUUUCUGUGGGAAGGUAGUUUCUUCCACUCGACUGAAUCAAGAAACUAAGGGCCAAAUUAUAAACCCUCCAUUUCGGUCAAAUUCUGAUUCUUUUAGGUAUAUGCGGUUCAAAACGGCAUCCAAGCUGAGUAGUUCGAGAUCAAAGUCACUGCCAAACAGAUCGGCAUCAUCUCCAAUAUGCAAGUCAAGAUGGCUGGUGUUUAUGUUUGGGUCUGGAUCAAGCAAGUUUCCGACUAAGAUUGAUGUAGGUGACAUCAAGAGCAGGCAACUCCGGCGGCAGAAUACGAUGGGACCCCCACCGGUUAACAGCAGCAAGGAGGAGAGUGGUGGCCGGAGUAGUGGGAACAAAAGGUGGUGGCGGUUGGUUGAUGUUUUGGGAUGUAGUGGAGGAAUUAAGGCCUGA